AUGCUUAAGGCGAGAAACGCCAGAAGAACGUCUCACUUUAUUAUACCAGAUGCAGUGAAGGCAGCUGGUAUUACUGUGUACGAUCCCAAUGAUCCUUCAUUUAUGACGCCCAUCAUUGGAACUGGAAAGCCUUUGCCAGAUUUGCGUAUGGAUCACCCUGCCUUCCGGGUGCCGUCAAUUGAGGAACACCCGCUUUACCAUGAUACUAGGUGUUUUCUUUUUGAUGGCACCACACCAAUGAGUGACGGUAUCGAUCAGGCGGCAGUGCUGAGCAAAGCGAUAGUACGACAAGGCUUACCAGAGACGGUGAUUCAUCGUGCGGCCCACGUUGAUAUCUCCGAGGAGCAGGUUCGUGAUGCUAUUCUGCAUGGUGAAAAAUAUGACCCGACGCUGGAAAAGCUGCCGAAAAGAUUUGAUCCUGUGCUUUUCUGGGUGACACACAUCAGGGUUCAUGGAACUCCUGUAAUCAAACGACUUAAUAUCAUACUCGAUAAUCUCUCACGUGCCGUUUUAUUUUCCGAAAUUCGAAGUGGAAACCAUGCUGACCACAUUCGGUAUGUGUAUAGUUUUUAA